CAAACAUUAAAACGUAAAAAUGAAUUCCACUGCCAUUAAGCGGCCAUCCGACGCGUUAGUUCCUGCAUCAAAUGCGAAAAAAUCUCGCACAGAUAUCGUGUCCUACACAGCCAAAGACAAGCAACUUCUUGAGCGGAAUGUAGAACGUACAUCCGGCUUACUGGGUCCCAUUAUGCUAUUGGAAGGACAUGGUGGUGAGAUAUUUUCUACAGAAUUUCAUCCCGAAGGAGAACACCUGCUAUCCACCGGAUUUGACCGUCAAAUAUUUCUCUGGAAGGUUUACGAUGAGUGUGAAAACGUUGGCGUGUUGAGUGGCCAUUCAGGAGCUGUGAUGGAAGCACAUUUCUCGCCAGAUGGUUCCAACAUCUACAGUUGUGCUACGGACAAAGUUAUUGGCGUUUGGGAUGUACCAACAUGUACUCGUAUACGCAAGUUGAAGGGUCAUGCACAUUUUGUAAACAGCUGCAGUGGUGCACGUCGUGGACCUACACUAAUCGUUUCGGGUUCUGAUGAUUGUUCGAUCAAAAUUUGGGACGCCCGAAAAAGACACGUCGUGAGUACGCUUGAUAACAACUAUCAAGUGACUGCGGUGUGCUUCAACGAUACAGCCGAACAAGUUGUUUCAGGUGGUAUCGAUAACGAGAUCAAGGUUUGGGACAUACGCAAGAAAGAGAUUGUUUAUCGUCUGCGUGGUCACACAGAUACUGUGACCGGAUUGUCACUCUCUCCAGACGGUUCGUACGUUCUCAGCAAUUCAAUGGACAAUACGUUACGAAUUUGGGAUAUUCGCCCUUACGUAGCCGGAGAACGUUGCGUGAAGGUAUUUACCGGACAUCAGCAUAAUUUUGAGAAAAAUUUGCUUAGAUGCGCUUGGUCUCCGGAUGGAUUAAAAAUCAGCGCUGGUUCAGCAGACAGAUUCGUGUACGUGUGGGACACAACCUCGAGGCGUAUCUUGUACAAACUACCGGGUCACAAUGGAAGUGUAAAUGAUAUCGAUUUUCAUCCUACGGAACCAAUCAUCGUGUCUGGUUCAAGUGACAAAACAUUAUAUCUCGGCGAAAUUGAAGCUUAA